AUGCCUGAUCAGGCACAAAAUGUCGCUGCUAAUACUCAGUCACAAAACGCGUCUGCUACAUCGCACGAACCGAGCAUAAGUUUCAGAGGUUUCGACCUAAUUGAGAUGCUCUAUAGAGAAGCCGAAAAUUUAAAGAAGAAGUUAGAAUUGGAGAGGCAAAGGUUGAAUGAUAUUACAAUGGAGCAAGGCUCCUCUCAUUUGGAGCAUUUCUCCCCUAUGAAUAUCAAGCAGAGGCGUAUUUUAAAAGGUCAUUCUGGCAAGGUUCUGUGUAUGGAUUGGUCUCUUGAUCGCAGGCGAAUUGUUUCUUCUGCUCAGGAUGGCAAGGUCAUAGUUUGGGAUGCGUUUACUACUAAUAAAGAGCAUGCAGUAACUUUAGCUACCACUUGGGUAAUGGCUUGUGCUUUCGCACCUGGCGCUGAUAUGAUAGCUUGCGGUGGGCUUGACAACAAAUGUUCGGUUGUACCUUUGUCAUUUGACGAAGACAUCUUGCAAAAACGACGACCUGUGGCUACGCAUACCAGUUAUACAUCUUGUUGUGCAUUUAUGAGAUCAGACAAUCAUCUGCUCACUGGAAGUGGAGACUCAACUUGUGCCUUAUGGGAUACUGAAACUGGCCAAAUGCUUGAGAAUUUUCACGGGCAUAAAGGGGAUGUUUUUUCAGUUGAUGUUCAUCGUUGGGAUGCAGGCAAUAUUUUUGUUUCUGCUGGCGCUGAUCGGCAUGUUCUUGUUUGGGAUAUUCGGAAUGGAAGCUGUGUUCAAAGAUUUGGUGAUCAUGAGGCUGAUGUGAACUGCGUUAGAUUUACUCCGAGUGGUGAUGGUUUUGCUACUGGUUCAGAUGAUUCUACUUGUCGCUUAUUUGACUUACGAGCCGAUCGUCAGGUCUGUAGCUACGAAUACGACUGCAACUUUUUCCCGAUUACUGGAGUUGAUUUUAGUUAUUGCGGCCGAUUGCUAUUUGUUGGAUGUGGAGAUUAUCGUGUGGGUGUUUGGGAUGCUUUCAAGUGUCAUCGCCAAUGUGCUAUAUACGGGCAUGAGAACCGGAUUUCGUGGUUGCGUUCUAACCCUGAUGGGUCUUCGAUAUGUACUGCUAGCUGGGAUUGUACACUUAGGGUUUGUUUUUCUCACCAGCUUUGA